AUGUUCACCGUCAAACCCAACAACAUCGUUAGCAUGACGCUUAACACACUUUCUUCCAGAAUGUCAUUCGUCGACACAGCAGAGGAUGAUAACUUCAGAUCACGUGCGAUCACAUUCACUUUCAUUCCCCCUACUAGCCUGUCUUUCCUCCUUGACAGGCUGAGCAAUAGUCAAAGACAAUUUCCUCUUGAUAAACAUCUUGGUUUCUUUUUUUUUUUUUUAAAGAAACAUUUCAAAGGCAUAAACCGACUCGGCGGGAAUGUAUGUUGUACUCAGGCUGCACAAACCUUAAGCUUCGGGCGCUUAGGGAACACUCGCGCUGUCCGUGAACUGGGACGGAUAUUGUCGUACAACUCCAAGCUGGGAAACACUGCCAGACGCGAAACCGUUGUGGCUAGACAGUCAAACAUAACAAUUCGCGAUCAUGGUCGAAAAAGGCAACGCCCUAGUAGUUUUCAUAUCUAUCUAUCUAGUCAUCAAACUAUCUAUUUAUUCAUAAAUCUAUCUAUUUAUAUAUGUCUUUUCAUAUCUAUUUAUAUAUCUAUGUUUUUUCAUAUCUAUCUAUCUAUCUAUCUAUCUAUCUAUCUAUCUAUCUAUCACUAUCUAUCCAUAUAUCUGCCUCUGUCUUUUCAUAUCUAUCUAUCUAUCUAUCUAUCUAUCAGGUCAUCAAACUUUAUAUCUAUUCAUCUAUAUAUCUAUCUUUACAUAUCUGUCUUUUCAUAUCUAUCUAUAUAUCUAUCUAGCUCACUAUCUAGUCAUCUAUCAUCUAUCUAUCUAUCUGUCUGUCUUUUCAUAUCUAUCUAUCUAUAA